UGGUCGAGCGACAGCCAUUUUCACCCGUUACCGCCCAAGCGCGUAGCAAUACAGCAACAUAGCGUCACCUACGGACUCAGCUGUUUCCCGCCACCAGAAAUCGGCUGAAAGUCGGCAAAGUGUGUUGUGCGGAUUUUUCGCUCUCGGUCGCUCACUAUCGGGUGAGUCGAAGGUACAACUGUUCUGCUGUUCCCCCUUCAUCAAAGCAUUUGGUAGUUUUUCUGUGCAUUCAUCUGAUUCGAUUGGACGUCAGGAAAAGUAGAGUGUGCUCUGCCUGGUGAAGAAAAAAAAACAACAUUGUCCGUGCCCCGUUGCAGUCGCGUGUGAUACUACGAAUCGUCGGCGUUUAGGCUGCGAUUAGCGAAGCCAGGCUAGAAGUGCGAGAUUGUGGUUAUCGGAAGGAUACACCUAGACCGCGUAACACAUUCUGGAAGUGGAAGUGCGCGGAUCACCGCGCAAAUAAGUUCAUGUGCAGAAACAAGAAGCAGCAGUAGCAGCAGCAUUCGCAAUUUGAGUGAAUUCCAGGGCCGGGCCAUUACCAGAGCUGAAAUUCGGUGUCCGUGUCCCGUGGUUUGCCGUCGUGUGCCAGCAGCAAGAAGAACGCGUGUGGGUAUACGGAUGUUACGUGUGACAUGCCACACAGUCGUCAGUGGGGUCACGGUGCGGGCGGUCAAUGUAGAUGAGUGAGCAAGAAUAAAAAUUUGUUUUUGCGGUGCGACAACGAGACGUCCGCCGACUGACGGUGGAUUCAAUUAUUAUUGUUUUUUUUUCUUUCUGUGUGUGAUCAACCCGCCCCGGGUGCGGUUUCCACCUACCAACAACCCCCUGUCCUAGGGCGAAAACGAGUGUUGUUUGGAAAUCGGCAACAGUCCGUGUCAUCAUCAUCAAUCAGCUGCUACUGCUACCUACCGGUGGUGUAGUAAAAUUAAAGUGGCGAGCGAUCGAGUGGCACCUUUGCCUACCAUCGCUUGUUAUCAUCAUCCCAGCAAUCGCUGCAACAGUUAUUGAUAAAUAUAAAAGUGAAAAUAAAAAAAAAAUAUUGGAGGAGUUGUAAUAACAGCCAACAUUCAGUAGCGAGUGUGGAAAGAAAACAAUAACAGAAGGGGAGUGCGCCGCGGAAGAGUGGGAAUUAUUAUCGAAAAAGUGUAAGAGCGGUGUGAAAAAUAAAGUGCUGACCCGAAGUGCGUACGGAUUGGCUAAGGGGGGAGAUUCAUUGAAGUAUUAUAAUUUUCUAGCGGAUGUCAGUUCCGAGUAGGGCCACAACAGAAAGCCUCGACCGAAUUGAAGGCAAUCAAAAAGUGAUUCCGGGGAGUUAAGAAAAUAUCAAGUGAAUUGCUGGAAUUAAGGCGCAACGUCAAGCAGUGCCGGGCGAAAGUGAACCUCAGGGUGUUGCGUUUUUCGGGAAGAUUUCGGAUUCCAAGUGUUCUACGGAAAGAAGCCAGAAGAAGCAAGCAAGCUCCGGUGGUGAGCUAUUUCGGCACCAACUAUCUAAAACUACGACUUCCGGUGUUUUUUUUUUUCAUUUGGUUGGUGUGAGCUGGACCUCCGAAGGUCUAAACGGAAGUCAGUACUACAAGACGGUAUCGUGAAUCCUUGGUAUUUGCUAUGUCCGUGGACGGUUGGUGUAAAGAAGAUAACAUGCAGGACGCCAUCGUUGAGGACGAUGCUGUGAGAUUCUGUCGUGUCACCACUGAGGAAGGAGGCGGUGGAGGUGGUGGUGGUGGUGACGGUUCCAUCGGCAGCAACAACACCGCAGGUCACAGCAUCACGAUGGAUAAGGAUGAGAAAAGAAUGCGCCGGGAGAUUGCCAACAGCAACGAGAGAAGACGCAUGCAAAGCAUCAACGCCGGCUUCCAGAGUCUCCGGCAGAUGCUUCCACAUCACGAAGGCGAAAAACUAAGCAAGGCUGCCAUCCUGCAACAAACAGCCGAAUACAUCUACGCUCUGGAGCAGGAGAAAACGCGUCUACUAUCGCAAAACUGUCAGCUGAAGCGAUUGCUAGACCAGCAAGAUCACAAUGGGGCCGUUGCGACGGCCGAACUUCAACAAACCAACACCCAAAAUGUUCCUGGAGCUACCACGGUACUGACAGCAGCCUCGGCAGCAGUAGCAACAACGGGACCGGCGACAGUGGUGACCAAUGUGGGAGCUGCUCUCCCUACUCCGGUGGCAGCACCACCAGGAACAGGAACACCAGUUCAGGGAGGAGCUGUUCAGGUGGCCACGGUUGCCAAGAAACGCAAAAUCGACGCCAUCAUGACGGUUCAGCCGGUGUCGGAUUCGUCCGAUGAGGGGCUCGGCUCGAUGUCACCGGAACCGGUUAGUCUCAUGCAGGUCGUGAACAAUGCUACCGGACACGGACAGACCAUCGUUACUGCUGCCGUGAAUGGACGGGCCUGUGCGACUUUCAACGUGUCGGCUAAAGAUUAUUUGGACAUGAAGCACCAGCUGGAAAUCGAACGACGGCAGAAGGCUGUCUUUGAGGAAAGGUUAAAGGCCUUGGAACGACAGAUCUAUCCGGCCCGAGUACUGUAUCAGGAUCAUCCGGAUAUGGGCGAAGCGAGGGAAACUUACGAGGAAAUCACCGUGUCCACCAUCCAAAAACCGAUGACGGCGAAAAUUGGCAAGGAAAUUGAAAACGUCCAGCUGAUCGAACUGGACACUGGACUGCUGGGCAAGAAACAACUGAUCGUCUGCACGCCGGAGAUUAUCGAAGAAAUUGUUCCGAAUCCCAUUCCAAAGCCGACGAUCGUUCCAUUGAAAGAGGACAAAGUGUUCAUGAAGCGAUCACGUUCCCGAUCGCCAACAAUCGAAACGGUUGUGACGCUUCCUCCGAAAAAGAACCGCUAUCCAACUAUCCUAGAGGCAGCCAUCAAAGCCGAACCGAAGGUAGAAGUUGAACGAAUCGAUUCGCCCUCGUCUAUUGUCGUCAGUGAUGACCAUUUGACCCAUCUGACGAGCAGUAAGUUGGUAACUUCGCAGCAACAGCAGGCAGCGUCACGCAUCAACACCUGUCGUCACAAUCUGGAGACGAUAGUUGAAGCUAUCCGGCACCUUGAGGGAGAUGCUUUCGAUGCCGUGGUUCCUGGUGGACAUCAGCAGCAAAGUCAAACUGUAACUGUCCAUCCCCGCCAAGUGCAAGAAGUUCCACUUGCUCUGACGACCUCAAGUAAGCAUCAACAGAAGGAACGCGAUCAGCGCCAAAGUCAGCUGGAGCCCUAUUUGAAGUUCCGUACGGCACCCCCGCUUGGUAGCUGUUCCCCAUCAAUCAACUCCAUUACCUCCUCGCCUGCAGCUGCCACUUCGUCAUCCUCAAGCAGUGCGAGCAAUGCCAGUGCUUGCAGCAAUCCUGCGAUCGUUUCCGUUUCGAUCACCCCAACAAUCAGUUGCAGUUCAUCCCCUUCAGUCGUUUCUGCUCAACAGACCGCAUCCCAAAUUCUUCAGCAGCAUCAACAGUGUCGACCGGGUGUGAUCGUAGUCAAACAGAACUCAUGAUCAGCAUCCUGCAACAAUGCUUCAUCCUCUUCAGCAGCAGCAGCAACAUCAUCAUCAGUAUCAUCAUCUUUGUCUGUACCCGUAGUAGCCGUGUCGGGACCGCCGUCGAUUCUAAUCAAUAACGGCAAGCAAGUGAAGAUUGUUAACUGUAAAAGCGGUACCCUAAACGGCAGUAGUAACAGCAACAGCAUUAACGCUGCUUCUGGAGGAGGUGGUGGUACCUCAAACGUGAUCAUCAAAUACCACCAACAUCAACAGCAGAAUCAGCCGAUGACUGUCGAGGAUAAGCAGCAACUAGGCAGAUAAGACUCGCGCUCAAAAGCCGCGAGCGAACCAUGAAAAAGGAAUUAUUUUUGUUGAUUAUUUUUAUACACAUUUUCUCUCACCUCUCUGCAACCUUUACAUCUACAACCCAGUUUUCCUUCGUUACCCAAGAACCCCAGUUCCUGACAGGUUGUCCAAUCUUCCGGUAUUUUGCGUAUACUAAGUUGUGAUUUUUAUAGCAAUCUAUAUUUUCAUAUUUCCCCUCUAGUUUAUAGAAGACAUUUUUUUUCUUAGUUUGUGUUUAGACAAGCAAAAAGAAAGCUAGGAUGAGCAUAAGGGGCAAACUAAAAUUGAUAGUUCUAUUAUCAAUAGCCAGAACACACAAACACACCUACACACACACACAACAAAACCUAUGAUUUAAACAAUGAGUGAAUGACGAAUAGAGAGGAUUAUCUGUAGCAUCUAAGCAUCCUUAACCCACUGAGAGUCGUUUCAUCUGUAUUGUAAAUCCUAAAAAGCACAUACACACUUCAAUGAAACAUAACCUAACGAAAUAAAAGCAGAUUCGAUGAAACUUAAAAAAAGCAGCAGUAACAUUUGCGGCGUAAUUCGAUAGGUUACUGAUGGUUACACUGUGGACGAAUGGGAAGAACUAUCCAGGGUGCUGUUGCUUCGUUCCUUGUGCAGAUAAAUCUACCAACCUGGUCUACCGUUAAUGCUCGCGUAUUUUUUUUAGUAAGCUUGAGAAAUGAAGUCUAUCCUUAAUAUACUUUCAGAAAUUGCAAUAAUAAUUAGGGGUUUGUUUCUUCGGUUAGGAGAAGUUAUGGGUUCGAUUCCCGUCUCUUCGGUGACUUCUUUUCAAUCUUUUUUCUCGUAGGAUGCAGUCUCAACAAGACUAAGAAACAAAUCGAAAUUGGAAAGGGUUAACAUCGGACAUUGUUCCUUUUUCAGGCAACAACAGCAAAUCACUUACCAAAUAAUGGUCCUCUUCGCAAAGUUGUCGACAAACACUAACUCGAAUCUUCCCGACAUAACUCCAAGUCCAGUCACGAUGUAAAACUUUUUACCGGAAAGCUGCUUAAAAUCGAGUUUGACGUAGUGGUACAAGAGCCUUACACGUUUUUUUCGCCCCGGAAUUUAGCUUCAUAUCCGGUCGGAUGUUUUUUUUUUGGCUUGUACGACUUGUAUCUUUCCCUUGGAAGCAUGUUCCGCACCGUUUGAAAGUUUGCGUUGCAUGUUCUGGUCACAUCUUGGACCUAAAGAGCGGGAUAGGCUUCAAGACACCCUACACAUCUUGCUGUACAGCUGACGCUCCCAGGUUCCGGAAUUUUCGCAGGUUCGCUGACUGUAGAUUUUUAACACUCGAUAAACUGUUGUUUUCGGCGUGUUCGGCACUUAGCACAGCUUAGCAUCGAACCACUUAGGAUUCUUCAGAGGUUUGAGCGCAAUACUUACAACCGGAAUUCGCUGGUUGGAGCUCCGUUAGUUGAGGUGUUCGUUAAUUGGGUAUUCGUUAGUUGGAGCAAGAUCCAAUUAAAAAGCACUGCUAUGCUAAAAUCUAUUGUCAAAAGUAUAUUGACGUUAGAACGUCAUUAUGAUAAAGGAGUCAACAAAUGUGAUUCGGAACUAUUAUUAAGAAAACAAAACAUCUAGCAUUUCAAAUUAACUUUAUUGUUGCAACAUAUAAAUAGUUUAUAUGACUUUUAAAAGGAUUACAUGUUGCGUAUAACUUCCAAUUCCGUAUGUUUUGCGAUCUGCUCCCGUGUCAACUCACUGCAUUCAACAUCGCGGAUUACGGAUUAGUAAGAGCUUAGUCGGCUUGCUUCCUGGCGGUUGAUUCAUUUCUUAGGUUUGAAUAAUGGACUCAAUAAAUUGAAGUGCAAUUUUAUUCAGUCAUUUUUAUUGUGCAUACUUCGAAAUAAAUUUAAAUUCGAAUCAUGAACAUUUACCAGCUAACUUACAGAAAACAAACGAAUAAUCUGUGUGUCUCCUGAAAGUAUCAACCAGCUGUCAGUCAUUCCGAUUAACGAACACGAUUCACUAGAUGGAAUGCAAAAUAUUCCAACUAGCGAAUUCCAGCUGUAUUUUUUAAAGUUCCAUUUGACGUUAUUUCUGAACACGAUCGACUACUUUGAUCAAAUUUGCAUCAGUCAUUCUAUACACUCUCAUUGAACGUAACUCUAAAUUGAGUGACACAUCACUCAAAUUCAUAAAAAGUGCACGUACUCUAAACUUGAGUUACCAACUAUCUACACUGAAAAUAAUUUGCACGCUUGCAUCAUGUGCAAUGCAUUUGAUCUAUCACUGCUUGUAGAACACAUGAAAUUCAUGAAAAUAUACACUUAACGCAUCAAAUGAGUGUAAAAACUAUUGAUAUUUAGUGGAAAUCAUGCUACGUUUAUAUGAAAUGCACAUAAAAACGAUAAGAUAUAUUGUUACCUCUAGAUUCUAUAUGCGUUUCAUGUGAAUGUCACGUUGUUUUCCACAUAGAUUUCCGUGGAAACAGAGUUGACCGAUUCAAGUGUUUUGCACAUACAUUUGUGCUGUACUCAUUCCCACUAGAAAAUGAAAUGUUUAGCACAUGCAGUUCGAUUCAAUAGCAAAACACAUCACAUCCAAAGGAAAAACACAUCAAAGCUGAGUGAAAAAUAAUUCAAUCUCGCAUCUUAGUGAAUUUGCACAUGAUAUCUUGUAACAAAUCGCUUUGGUUAUGUAUUGAAAUGAAAAAGCAUUAGAAAUUGAAGUGGUGUUUACAUAUAAAUCGAUCGUGCAUUUUUUUAUCAGUGUACUCAUUUUUGCGUUAAGGGACGAAAUUGUCAAAACUAGAGUAGUUUUUAUUCAAAAUAAGAAAAAAAAAAUUUCGUUCAAAAUUUGAGUAAGUUCAACUCAAAAUUUGAGUUCCUUGCUCUCAAAAUGAAGAAAUUUUUCUUCGUUAAUUUUCAUAUACAAAGAUAUUCUUCUUUCUUUUGAAUGCGCAAAAUAGUGAUUUAAAACCGUUUCCUUCUGAAAGGUUUGAAGUAAAAAUUGAAUUAUUUUGAUAUUUUGAUGCGCUGUUCACUAAGCAUAAUUGAAACCACAAAACAUCUAUGAUUGACGUUGAUUUAUGUUUUCAAACCCGGAUCUAGAAACGGCAAUGGAAAACGACGUAUUUUUGCAUUCUUCAUUUCGAUAAGAAUAUUCCGAGAAUGAAAACGUACUGAACUGCAAGAAGUAUUUUUUUCACUCAAACGUUUAAAAACUCAACGCUUACUCUAAUGUAUGAAUAAAUGCGAGAGAACUCAUGGCAACGAGUUUAUUUUACUCAAAUCCAUACUCAAAUUUUGACAUAUUGUUCAAGUUUAUGAAUUUGAGUAAUCGCAACUCAAACCAUGAGUUAUGUUCAGAGAGCGUGUAUAUAAGCGUAAACCACUGUCAAAGAUGUUAAGGGCAUGUUCAGGAGUGUUUCAGUUCUAGAUGCAUAAUUUAUGUCAGUUUUAAAAUUUAAAUCUGAAAAUUAUAACAAGAAAAAUGGCAGCACUAGCAACGUUUUAGAGCAAAUUCAACAGCUGGAAAUUUUAUAUAGGCAAUCUGGAACAGAACUAGAACUAAAAGGAACGUAUACAAAAAAUACCAGUUUGAAGUUUGACAGUAGAACUGUUCGAAUAAAUAUGCACAUAGAGAUACGUUUGCUCCAGUUUCAGUUCUAUUUUAGAUCUCCCAUAUAAAACUUCCAGCUGCUGAAUUUGCUCUGAUAAAGGUCAAAUCCAUUUGAUGUCUAAUAAAGGUCAAAUUCAUUUGAAAUGGAUUUUUAAAGUUCAUCGUAUGAACACAAACCUCUCGUGAAUGUUUUCUGUAACGCUCAAAUUCAAAACAGUUUCGUAAACACGUAGCUCCUGGAACCAAAAUUACUCUUCUUCCUUCGGAAGCAAUAUGUAAAUCACGUUCAUAAUUGAAAGGCAGCGUAAAAUUUUCAGUUAUUUCACCCCAAUGAAGUUUGCAAAAUUUCAUCCAUUUAUCUCUUAAGUUUGUGUUGUAAAAUGGAGAAAAAAAACGAAUAUCGGCAAACGUUCCGUCAAAACGAUGUAUGCAAUAUUUAGGCUGUGAACCAUUUCGUGGUUAAUUUUAACUUUUGGUUGAAAUCUGACCUUCGAGUGGUCGAAAGCAUGGUUAUUUUUUGAAAGAUCGGUGGUUAUUUUUCGCAAAAAAUCUUGCAAAGAAAAUUCUAAUAUCGAUUCAUUAGUCAAAAUUAUUUCCAGUUCAAAACAAACCCAAAUAACUUUCCAUUCGUCAAACUUUGAAAUGGGCCGCAGUUUCAGUUAAAUUUAACUACUCGGCACAAAAUAAUCACUCAAGUGUCAGAUUUUAACCAAAAGUUAAAAUUAACCGCGAAAUGUUUCACAGCCUUAGUAAAACUCUUCGUUUUAAUUUAUUAUAUUUUUAUUCUUAUACACGCUCUUGGAACAUAACUCAUGGUUUGAGUUGCGAUUACUCAAAUUCAUAAACUGAAACAAUAUGUCAAAGUUUGAGUAUGGAUUUGAGUAAAAUAAACUCGUUGCCAUGAGUUCUCUCGCAUUUAUUCAUACAUUAAAACGUUUUCAUUCUCGGAAUAUUCUUAUCGAAAUAAAGAAUGCAAGAAUACGUAGUUUUCCAUUGCCGUUUCUAGAUCCGGUUUAAAAACAUGAAUCAACGUCAAUCAUAGAUGAUUUGUGGAUUCAAUUAUGCUUAGUGAAAAGCGCAACAUAAAGAUAUCAAAACAAUUCAAUUUGUACUCCAAACCGUUCAAAAGGAAACGGGUUUGAAUCACUACUUUGCGCAUUCAAAAGCAAGAAGAACAACUUAGUAUAUGAAAAUUAACGAAGAAAAAUUUCUUCAUUUUGAGAGCAAGGAACUCAAAUUUUGAGUUGAACUUACUCAAAUUUUGAACAAAAUAUUUUUUUCUUAUUUUGAGUGAAAAUUACUCAAGUUUUGAAAAUUUCGUCCCUUAACGCAAAAAUGAGUAGAUAGUUGGUAGCUCAAGUUUAGAGUACGUGCACUUUUUAUGAAUUUGAGUGAUGUGUCACUCAAUUUUGAGUUAUGUUCAAUGAGAGUGUAGAAAAUCAAACCGAAUACUGACACGAAUUCAAGUUUUUAAGGUUGUGGACCAUUCCGCGAAUUAGUUUAACUUUUAGUUAAAAUUUGACACUCGAGCGGUUAUUUGGAUGUUGUCAAAAAUAACCUUGCUCGAAAGCAUGGCUAUUUUUGACAGAUCGAUGGUUAUUUUCCGACACUGAAAAAAAUCAUUCUGUCAAAAAAUACACCCCUAUGAAAAGUUCCAAUACUUUUUCAAACGAAGUAAGUUAGUCUCGAAGUUCUUAGAGCAAAUUCAGCAGCUGCAAGAUUCAUAUGGGUGGUCUUAAUGUAAAUGAAACUGAAACAAACGUAUCACCAGCAAUCCGUUUUAGUUUUAUUUAUUCGACCAGUUCUACUGUCAAAUUUAAAACUGGUAUACAUUGCCGUUCUAUUGUUUCUAUAUUUGAAACACAGAAAAAACGCUGCUGGGGCUGCCAGUUUAUUUUUUUAUAAUUUCUAGAUUUAAAUUUUAAAACUGAUAUAAAUUAUGCAUCUAGAACUAGAACACUCCUGAAUAUGCCCUUAUUGCGCUCGCUCUAUUGCAAUUGAUAAACCACUUGAUAUAAUUUUUUUUCUGUUCAAAAUAAACCCAAACAACUUUCCAGCCAUCAAGCUUUGAAAUGGGCCGCAGUUUUAGUUAAAUUUAACUACUAGAUAGGAAAUAUCAAAUUUUAACUAAAAGUUAAAAUAGUUCGCCAGAUGGUUUACGGCCUAAUGUCGAAAUCAAAAAGUCAUUUGAUGUUCAUUAAAUUAGCUUGGUUUUUAGAGCAAAUAAUAAAAACAUCGUGCAGUGGCCGGGGCUCCAGUAUCUUAAUUCAGCAGACUAAAAAAAAUAUGACGGCUAAGGACCAUUAUUUCUAGUACUUCUGAAUGCCUAUAUCUGGAAAUAAGCAGAUAUUUGUGAGUAACAUAUAUAUGAAUGAGAGAUAGUUUCAAGAAAUUUCAAUACCUUUUCGAGAAAUAUAAACAUCUUUUUCCUUCAUUUAAUUUAUAUGUUUUCCUCGAACAUUAGAGACAUUAGAUGACAAGUGUCUUGCCGAGUUUCAGUAAAAGCUAACACACUGUUCGGAUUCUCGGCAAACGAAUUUGCUGAUCUCGGUAUAUUUGUUGUUAUGUCAAACUACGGUAAUAAAGCGCUUUACCGAGAUAUCAGAAUAUUACUUUGACGAAUUUCGGAAAAGAGCAUGUGGGCUACUGAAAAAUCAGUAAAAUUUCGUGUUGCCGAUGUAGUUCGGCAUUUCAUUUUGCCAAGCUCGAGAAUCUGUUUUAAGGGUGUAGUUCCAUCAAACAAACUCUUUUCGCCGUACUGUGUUGGGUUCGCACUCAGUAAAGGGGGUGUGAGCAAUACCGAUAUAAGAACUCGAAUUUCAAUUCAAUUACGCUGAAAUUAGAUUCGAUACUGGCUUCAAACAAAUGGUUUGACAGCUCUUUUUAUGGACACUGGAUAAGGUUUGGCCGGCCUCCUAUCACGACGCCAUCUUGAUGAGAUGACAGUUGUUUUGGAAAUAACUCGCCUACUUUUCACAAAACCCAUGCUGAUUUACGACUGUUACUCGGGUUACUAUAUUCUGUAUUCUGUCUUUUUGGCUUUGACGAUUUUAAGAACCAUCUGGGGUUCAAUGAUAAAAAAGGGAAGGGAACGGAGCAACCAGGAUAUAAAAAAAUGUAUAAUAAAACAGAAUCAAUGUAACCGUCUGUGACCUAUCGAAUUUUCACAAUAUGUAAGAGAAUCCUAACAUCCCAAUUUGGAGUAACGAAUAGUUGUGCGGUUCUGGAACGAUCGCUGAUCGAUUCACAUCCUCCUCGUUUUCUGUAGUAUGUAGUAAAGCUAACAAAAAAAAAACGUCUCUUUGAACAUCUUAGCCAAUCGUUGUAGCAAUUCAAGGACUUAAAUAUGAACUAAAUUAACUGGUUGAUCCGUCGAAAAAGGAACACCUUUAAAAAAGGAGAACCCUCGGUGGAUCAGCUGCAAACUUUAAACAAAAUAUAUAAGCAAAAAAAGCCGUACCCCCGGAUCGCGUCGCGUGACCCGGCGGUACACUCGAAUCAAAUUCGGCCGUGCAGAUAUACGAUCAUGAUUUUAGACAAAGUAAAACAAAGCAACAAAAAAAAACAGUUGACGAUUUUUCGUUUUCUCUAGGGUAAUUAUUAGCUUCGGUUUAGAGCUUUCUAUUAGUGGAAAUUAGUUCGUUCAUUUCCGGUGUUUUCUGAAGUUGAUCGGCGAUCAUUGGGAAAAAAAUAAAUAAAGAAAACAGCGAACAUGUUUUGUUUGACGGAACGGUUUAGUUUGAUAAGUUAUUCAUUUACACACGUACACAUACACACACACAGACACAAAAAAAACACACACACAUUUACAAUUAAGCGGUAGCGAUAGGGUACGUACACAAAUAAUUAAACGAUGAUCGAAUGUCAUAUUGAUGGCGAACGAAGGGCGGUUUGAUUAGUCGAAAUAACUCCGACUGAGUAAAUCAAUUGUAUGAUUUAAAUGCAUUUAAAACAGUGGAAGUGUGACCGCGCAUUAGGCGAAAGCAGAAUCGCGUGAAGCGUGUUAGAGUAGAACAGUUAAGAUAAUGAUAUAUUUAAGUAUUUAAAGAAGCAUUAAUAUAAAAAAAAGUGGAUAAAACUAAAUAUAUUCUACAAUAUAGCCUCGAAUCUCUUUUUUUGAUAAAACAUAAUAAUUAAUACUAUUAUUAUUACUAUUAUUAUAAGAUGAAGAAGAAAAAACCACGUUUGCAAGUUUAGAAUUCAGGAGAAAAAAAAAACAAUAGAAAGGCAGAAGAGUUGAUUUCUCUAAUAAUCGAACUGCACUAUUGUACACGUUGGUUAUAACAAACAAAUCUAUUGUAAAGUGAUACAAUAGAUACGACAUUCUUUCUCUCUCAAACAUAUUCUUAUACACAAACACACAGACACAUCCCCACAUGCGGAGGAACGGAAGCCAUCAAACGGAGCAUGAUAAAACAACUAGAACAGUAUAGUCGAAGCUAAGGAUAGGUUUUCCGUGUCCCCAAAACCCCAAUGGAUAGCAAACACUGUGAGAAAAAAAAACGAUAAGAAAGUCUACAACGUGGUGUGAUUGUAGCAAGACGCUUGUGAACCGUGCUUGUCAUGUUCACAAUGGAGUUAAAUAUUGUUAGUAACGAGGAAAACCCGAUAUCGUAAUAUUAAUAAUAAUAAUAAUGUUAUCAAGUAUUAUGGUUUAUAUUGUGAAGAUAAAAAAAAGAAACGAAAAGAACAACACUCUCACACAUAAGAAUAAAAGAAAAAAAACAAGAAAUAACGAGUUGACAAUGAUUGUCGAUGCGUUCGCGAAGCAUUUGUCUGAAGGAAGCAAGUGCUCUACUGUCGAAUGAAUUUUCGAACACAGUUCAAAAAAUGCAUUCAACCUUGGAAACGGAUCAGCAAAAGUAGUAACUUGUGUACAAAUAGGAUAGAGCGAUCGAUCCGUGAACCCGAAGGUUGCAUAUUUUUUCGAAUAUUGAAAAGUUUUUUGAAUCGUGUAUAUUACCUUUUUUGAACCUAGGGCGAUAGGGGAUGAUUAUUCAGCAGAAAAUUAUCUUUGAUUACAUAAUAAUAUGAUAUUGCAUUUGAAGUCAGAAAUAACCGACAAGCGUUGAAAGCUCAUAAGCGAUAAGAAGAAAGAGAAGAAUGAAGAAGAAGAAAAACCUACUAUGGGCUAACCGAAAUCUAGAAAGUAACGUGAAUACUGCCCAUUAAAUGCCUGAAAUCUAUUUGUCCUGAGCCAGUUUUACCGAGCAAAUGUUGUGAGCUGUUCAAAUUUUGCAACUCGACAGCGAGAGCAACACGGGUGAUGAUGAUUAUGACGAAACAUACACACGUAACACGUAAUAAGUUCAAUACCAACUAACUAAAGAUAUGUCAAACUAAAAUUAAAUUCAAAAUUGUCUGUAAUCUGAGAAAGAAUGAAAAACAAAAUUGUUUGGAAAAGUGUAUCCUACAGUACGUCCCUUUCGCGUUGAUCGAACCUCUGGUUGUCGCCACCAUAAAAUAGACUAAAACACUUGACAGCAGUAUAUUCAAACAAUGCAAACAAAACGAAAAAUAAAUAAAUCCAAAAUUUAGUUCCAAAUUGUUUCAAAAUUAACGGAAAAGAGAGAAAAUAUCUUAGGAAUAAGUAAUAUUUAAAGCUAUAUGUUGUUAAUUUCCUUCAAAGAAAGAAAAAACGAUUCAAGUUGGGAAACGAAAACCGAAGAGCAAGAGUAUAAACAAAACGGAUAGCAACAAAGCUUAAAAUUAAAAUUUAAUUUCUGUGAAAUUGUGCGAAAUAUUAUUUCUUUUUAUUUAAAAAGCCCAACCUCAACGUUUUCGGCGUCCGAUAUCUACUUAAAAAAAACGAAGCAAACUACGCAUGAAGUAAAUAUUAAACAAAACUAUCUCUUUCCAACAUUUGGUAACUGAUAUAAUAAUGUAAAUUUCCGCUUAUUCCUGAAUGAAAAGAACAAAAAAAAACGUUUCGGCUCUAAAAGUUAAUUUUUGGUUUGACAUACCGCAAUAGAAUAAGGAGUCAUAAGAAGCUUGGAAAAAAAAUAUGAAGAUAAAAACAACUACAACUAUUAAAUCUAAGAGUACCAACAUUUACCUACGCAUACAGAAUAUAAAAAAAAAACAAA